ACCAUCAGCCUACUCUAGCUCAAAAACCACGACCAAAAUCAGAUUACAUUUCGUCUGGUACAACGAAAAUGCGGGAAAUGUUGGGGCAAAUCCAGCGCAUGCCAUCUGAUAAACAAAGUAACCCAGAGAAGUAUUCUCAGAACCAUGUCUCUUCGGAUGUUCGUUCUAGCCAGGAUUCAAAAAGAAACUCUAGCCGAGUCAUGGCUGCUGUUUCCGCUCUCAAUGCUAAGGAAACUGAAAACCGAAAGUCUGUUGAUUCCAAGCAAAUUGAAACAAUAGCUAGGAUGCACGGAACAUCCCUCAAAACAUGCGUGACAAGAUGCGAGCAUUGGACACUAGCAUCAAAGCCGACUUCAUACAGAAAAACCGGACUGAGAGCUCUUGCCCUAAUUCAGCUACAUCAAGCACUUUCGAUAGUGCUGGUCGCCGUGGUAGGAAGGAUGCCGGUACAAAUUCGUCCCAUGGCCGCGAUAAGAGCGCUCGUUCUCGGUCGAGGGGUCGAUCGCCUUUCAGCAUGUCAAGAGGCGACCUGUCUCCGUCUAAGAAACAUCAGAAAUCGGACAGCACUAGCUCUACCAAACGUCCAAAAUCUAUCGAACUUGCACGCCCUUACUCAUCCAUGCUGCCAGGAGCGUCCGCUUCGGUCACGUCUCUGCAAGCUGCGGCCCACACAGACACAUCUGCCGACCCAGCCGAUUUCAUCCAUUAUCUGAGGGAAGUUCAAAAGCCAGAGCUGGUUGAAGUCGGCAAGCUUCACAAACUUCGAUUGCUUCUUAGAAACGAAACCGUCUCUUGGGUUGAUUCGUUCAUUGCGGACAACGGUAUGGAUGAGGUUAUCCAGCUUCUCUACCGUAUCAUGGCCGUUGAAUGGAGAGAGGACCAUGAGGACACCUUGCUUCAUGAAACUUUACUUUGCCUGAAAGCUCUCUGCACAACCUCGCUAGCACUGCAGAGGCUGACCCUAGUUGCGAAGAAUCUUUUCCCAGCGCUGCUGAGCAUGCUGUUUGAUGACGAAAAGAAGGGACCAAGCGAAUUUACUACUCGAGGAAUUAUCAUCAGCCUUCUUUUUACCUACCUCUCGACUGCAUCCACACAGGCAAUGUCGGAAUGCGCAUCCGAAAUACUCACCUAUCUGCGCGAUCCUUGCCCAGAGACCCAGCAAGUUGAUUUCAUUGCUAAUAUCUAUCAGCCUCGACCAUACCGUGUGUGGAGUAAGGAAGUAACUAAUGUAACCAAGGAAGUGUUUUGGAUCUUUCUGCACCAUUUGAAUGUCAUUCCAAUUGCCUCUAGGGAUGACAGUAUCAUAGACCAGGAACAGGACUAUGUCAAGAGACAUUUUCCCGUACCGCGCCCCCCGGUUCCUGCGGCGCCUUAUGUUGGUGGGGUGGAAUGGGAUGCCACCAACUACCUCGCCGCACAUCUUGAUCUGAUGAACGGUCUUAUUGCAUGUCAACCUACUCGGGAGCAGCGAAACACUCUGCGCGAAGAGUUGCGCGCUUCAGGCUUUGAAAAAGUCAUGGGCGGCAGCAUGCGAACCUGCAAGGAAAAGUUCUAUGGCGCCGUACACGACUGCUUGAAAACGUGGGUCUCCGCUGCUCGCGAGGAUGGCUGGGAUUAUCGCUUUGUUCGUGAAGGCCCUGAGCCUGGUUCUCCUGCCAAGUCUCCGACCAAAAGUCCACAAAAGAAGAGAGUCGAGGAACCUCCAAAAAUCGCACUUGCCAUAGACUUGGAAAAAAAGGCUCCUGCAAAGGAGGCUGAUCUAGAUGGAUGGAUCUAGAGCCCGGUGAUAUCACUAACGAAUUUUCUUUCUUUCUUUGUGUUUUUAUUUCUCAUUACAAUUGGCGUUGGAGGAAUGGCGUU